CGGACAUUUUGCAAUAGUUCGUCGAGUGACCCACAAAACCACCGGACAUGCUUACGCGGCCAAAUUUAUCCGCAAACGGCGGGGAGGCGGCAGGAAGGGCGCCCGAAUGGAGGACAUCCACAAGGAGGUGAACAUCCUGCGCCAGCUCAACCACGGUAACAUCAUCAACCUGUACGACGUCUACGAGACCAGCCUGGAGGUCGUCCUCAUUCUGGAACUAGUGACUGGCGGAGAACUCUUCGACUACAUCUCGGAGAAGGACCACCUGGGCGAGGAGGAGGCCUCGGCGUUCAUCGCUCAAAUCUUGCACGGGGUCAAACAUAUCCACGCCAAAAACAUCGCUCACCUCGACCUCAAG